CGGGAAUCGAGAUAACAUAAAGCUCCUACUUUAAUUCAUGUACCUUCCCUCUAUUAGGUGAUACCUACCUAACCUAUCGCCCUAAUGUUUUGAUUGACUACCCAGGUAGUUGAGGGUUUACAACACAGUACACUACAAUCAUCAUCAUCAAUCAAUCAACAUGCUCUUCAUCGGCUUAACAGGUUCGAUUGCCACCGGCAAAUCAACCGUAUCUUCCAUCCUAUCGUCACCACCUCACUCGCUGCCAAUUAUCGAUGCGGAUGUCCUGGCGCGCAAAGUCGUAGAGCCUGGAACCAGCGGCUAUAGAGCGAUUGUCAAGUACUUCGGUCCGGACAUAUUGGUCCCCGUCUCUGAGACUAUGCCUGUCGAUGGUCCCGACGGUAAAGGCAGACCACUAAAUAGACCGGCGCUAGGUAGGCGCGUCUUCGGCAACAGCGAGGAGCGCAAGAGGGACAGAGAGGUCCUCAACAACAUCGUGCACCCCGCUGUGAGAAGGGAGGUGUACAGAUCAAUCUUCCGAUGUUACGUGAAAGGCUAUUGGGCCGUCGUCUUAGAUGUUCCGCUGCUAUUCGAGAGCGGCUGGGAUAGGCUAUCCGGUGUGGUGAUGGUAGUAGCUGUUAGGGACCCCGAAAUACAGAUGCGGAGGCUUAUGGAGCGUGACCCCCAUCUGAGCAAGGAAGACGCUCAAAAUCGUGUCCUAAGUCAGACGGACGUGAGACUGAAAGCAAAAAGAUGCGAGGCGAGAGGAAAGGGCAGGGGGGUAGUAAUAUGGAACGACAGCUCGAAAGAGGAGCUACGAGCUAAGGUAGACGCUGCACUCGCGGAGAUCAGAAAAGGAAGCCCACCCUGGUGGAAUUGGAUAUGUCUUCUCGUUCCCCCUGUAGGCGUUGCUGCGGGUGCGUGGACAUAUUGGCAGAAUAUCCGGGCCAACAAGAGGUGGAAAGAGAUGGAGUUGGAAGAGAAGUCAAAAUUAUAAUUCCACCUGCAAGUUUGACCCGGUGAUUUAUAUAAGAUAUAGGUACAUCUUAUCGACAAAUCAAGUAAUGUAGGUUAGGUACCUGGGUAGGUACAUACCUGAGCUAAAGUAAUAUGUACGGCUAGGCUAGGUACCAUACAGUGUUGGUUCAAUGUUGUUGCCGUGGGUAGAGGCGUGAAAAAUGGAAAGGGGAAAGCGUGGAAAGUAUAUAUGGAAAGUGUGACGCGACGCGAGGAAACACCUACCAUUCACCUUUGAGAAGAAAAGGGCUUACCUAAAUUAUUUCACAAUUCACCUUUUUACCUACCUCCUAAGGUACCUAAUGUCAGGUUAGUUUAGGUUAGGGAUAAUUUACAUACACGAAUAUUGCUGACUUUCAAAAUUCCACUUCGGUUUCCAGGCAA